CAGGAGAACGGACUCAGUCGUGGCCGCGCGAUCGCGCUAGACGAUAUUUACCUGCGCGCGCGCGCGAGAGAGAGAGAUCCCGGCAGGAGCGUAGCCGCUCUCUCGCGCUCUCAGAGCUCGCUCGCGGAGCCCCCCUCGGGAGCAGCGGGCCCUCCCGAGGCCCUACACGUACGCGCGCCCCGGCGAAACGAUAGCACCACGCAACACGGCGACACGACGAGGCCAACACGCCAUGCGACAGUCUUAGGGGGCACGCGGGGCCGAGGAGAGGGACGAGAUCUGCGAUCAGUAAGCGGCCAAGACGUGCAAGAUGCUGCCGAAGUUGCUAGCGUUGCUCUGGGCGGCAAUUCCGAUUGCGUUGUCCCAGAGCAACUACGCGUCGCAGGGCAACAGCAUCGAGUAUCAGCCGGGACUGCCGCCGAGCACGGUCCUCGACGGCAAGGUCACCAAGCUGGACGACAUCUCGUCGGAAAUCUAUCUCAAUCGAACGAAGGCCAACCUCAACUGCGGCCAGGGUAGCAUGGAGGUCAGCCUGGAGUUUAAGGAGCCGUUUUACGGGGUGGCCUACGCCGACUUCGACCGCAACAGCGCCUGCAUAUUCAAGGGUCGGGGCGCGCAAACCGCCAAGCUGGAACUACCUCUGAAGGGAUGCGGCACCAGGCAGGAUCCGCUGCGCGUCUUCACCAACAAUGUGAUCGUCCGCUUCCACCCCGGAUUGGAGAUGGACGGGGACGAGGUGAUCACUAUAGUCUGCAGAUACCCUCCGCCCGAGGUGCCAGCACCACCCGCGCCUCCGGCCAGCAUAUCGGCCACGUUGGCGCCCGCGCCGGUGACCGAGCCGCCGCUCAAGGGUUUCCAGAUCCUCAUGAUAAUCUGCGCGAUCCUGUUCCUGUCGCUGCUGCUGCUGGGCCUCGGCUGCUCCUACAUGUGCCUGAAGCGACGCAACGUGCGCGUGGUGCACCGCCACCCGUUCGAGAGCGGCACCGGCUCCGAGAUCACCAAGCUCUCGGGCUCGUCCCUCAGCAACAUCACCAUGUUCGAGGGCCUGAAGAUACCCCGCGCGCACGCCCUGCUCCACGCGGCCGCCGCGUCCACUUCCGGUAGCGAGGCGAAUCUCGUGAUCGAUCAUUCGGACACGCUGCCGAGCGACUACCCGAGCGAGAGCCACUCCGAGGUGGACGAAGAGCGCUCGCUGCCCGUGUCCUCCGCCGGCUCCUACGACAACAAGGCGUUCGUGGACCAUCACGAGGUGCAACAUCAGCGGCAGGUGGAGAUGCGCACGUCGAGCUCGCUGUACUCCGAGACGGUCGCCGCCGAGGUGGAGACCUCGUCGAUGACGGCCGCGAACGCGUCGCGGGUGAUGGUGCCGCGGCACCCGGUGGCCGUGCCGAUCGAGCCCAAGUUCGACGUGCAGAUGAGAGUGAAGAGAGCACCGCCGCCACCGCCGAGUCCCUUGCCGUCGGAGUCGGACGUGGCGAGCGUGGCGCUCGAGAGGAACCUCACGACCAUUCUGGAGAGAGAAGAGUCCAGCCUGAGCCGUUCGCUAGAGACCAGUCCCUACCGUAUGACCACCUUCUCCUACGUCCCCGAGCUCCACGGGCCGCCAGGGGGUGCAUCGUCCAUGUCCAGCAUCUCCCGGCAGCAGACCCCGCCAGUCUACUCGAGGAUCCUGCGCAAGCAGGCCGAGAGGGAGACCAGCGUGAUCCAGGAGAAACUGCCGUCGCCUGUGGCGGAGCAACCGGCGCUGCAGCAUCACGAGAUCCGCCGGCCGAGGUCCCUGACCUCCCUCAACACCGAGCUCACCGAGACCCGCUCGCUCACCGAGGUGACGGACGCCUCCCACGCCAAGUACCGGGUGGCGAGCAUCCUCGCGCCAACCCCGCCGCCACCGCCGCCCAUCGUGCCCACCAGUUCCACCACCACCACCCACACCGCGAUCCAACACCGUGAGCACCGUCUGCUGCGCGACGAGAUGGCCGAGCCGCUGGUCGAGCCGCAAGUGGUCGCACCCCGCCGGCCGGAGAUCACGACCCACGAGGUGGACGACGUGUUCCUGCGGACCGUCACCGAGAAGAAGACCAUUGAGGAUGUGGAGCGCCAUUGCCGCCAGGUGACCGAGUACCGCGCCCGGGCGCAGCCGCCGCCGGACCUCAAGUGGGACGUCACCAUUAGAAACUACCCGACGGAAGACUUGCCGCCGCCGCCGCCCGAGUGGGAGAACUUCUCGGACGUCAGCUCGGCUUCCAACCUGACCAUCACGAACGAGCCGACGACGAGCCAUCAGCUCGCCGACCUGGCCAUGGACGACGAGCCGGACGUGAACAUUGAGCCGACGUACACCACGCGCGCCGAGAUACCCUGCAGACCACCGCCGGCGGCGGCGCGCCGCUCCCUCGACGACUCCGACGCCGACUGGUACACCAGGCUGGCGCGCGUCCUGGAGCCCCGCUACGCGGCCGAGCUGACGGACGACGAGCGCGCCAAGUGGCGCGAGAUCAUCACCACAGAGAGCACGCUGAGGACCUUACUGACCGAGGCGGUGGUGAGAGAAGACUACGAGCUCAUACGUAAAGACGCGAGAUACAUCAACCUGUUCCCGCCGGCUAAGUGGGACGUGAUCAUACGGAUCCUCGGCCCACCGUCGGCGCACACCGGCUCCACCUCGUCCUCUGGCCACGGCAAGAACCAUGGCCAACGGUACAAGCGCUCCAAGUCGUCCGAGUGGGACACCAGGUCCCGCCGCUCCUCCUUGCCCACCCUGUACGAGUACGAGAGCGACGGCGGCAGCUCGGCUCGCACCCUGGGCAACCAGAGCCACCACCUGCAGACCUCUCAGUCCGCCACGACCAUGACGGCGCAGAGCGUCGGCCGCUCCCGCAGAUUCGCCGGCUCCAUCCACUCCCGCGGCGCCGGCGGCCCCGGCAGCGAAGCGGACCUCAGGUCCAUGUCCGAGAUGACGGUGCGCGACUUCGCCAGGGUCGACAGGGACGACCUGACCAGCUUGAGCUCCUUCGAAGGCGCCGACUCCUUGGUCCGCUCGCUCAGCCAACCUAGCCUGGCGAGGUCGGGCUCCGAGUUCACUGAGCACUGGGGCAUGCCCUCUGGCAUCCUGGACCUGCCGCAGUGGGCGGCCGAGCAUGACGGCGCCAGCUCGGUGGAAACGACGCCGCGCGCGCUCCGACGGGGCGACCGCCUGGAGGUGCUCGCCUCCUUCGACGAGCACAGACGCGCCGGCCUUGGCCCGGCCAUCACGAGAUCCAGCCGGUACAGCGAGAGAGAGCUGAACGUGCGCGUGACGGAGAGCCAGAGGGCCUCGGAUUGGUUCCACGACAACAGCUCCGAGCCGGAGAUGCAGAUCUGAGCGCGGGUUGGGUUCUUGGAUUCUCUCGGGCUUCACUUUCUGCGGCUCCCCUCAGCGCAUAGGGCCGACCCAGCGGAGGUUGACAGGGAUGAGCUUCGACGACGACCCCGGCAACCUUCCAACGACGUCAUUGUGUAGAAAAGAACUUGCGCGCGUCUUGGGUUUUCUUUGAUUCUGCUAGGAGUCGCGCACAGGGUGGAUCUUGACGGGUUAGCAACGGUUGUCCGCAAGUCUUUGGGAUGCACCGUUUUGAAAUUUUGCAAUGCUCGAAUUUAUUAAACUGAUUUUGUUGCGGUCACUUCAAACGUGUCGCGUGCUCUUCUCUGUUUUGGCAUAUUUCAUUUUUACACGCGCUUGUUUCUCCAAGUACAUUUCUUAGUUCACGAAAGGGCCUGUCGGAAAUAUUCCUACCUCUCGCCUUGGUUGACCAAGUGAUGAGUUUGUUCAUCAGCUUUUAUAUGUUAAAAUAAUGGAUCCUGAAAAGGUUAUCAAAAAUCUCCGCGCAAGGUUUAAGCUUUUGAACGGUUGGGAGAAUUUCAACGUUUUUUUAUAAAUUUCGCCGAACACGUCUAAGUCCAAAUUUUGCGUAGGGACCUUUGCUGGUCUCUUUAGGGUUUAUUAUUACACGGUAGAACCCCAGUAAGACAAAGGGUCUAAAGCGCUACAUCCCAGGGACUACAUGCAACCUCCACGUAGUUUCAAGCACAAAUGACUUCGAGUUCCACCCUCUGUAACGCUCCUUAAAAUCGGGAAGAUCUCCGAGAGGUAUAAUCUUUUCUACGCAAUCCGAAUCGAAACUCGACGCGACACUUUUUGAUUCAUCGAGCGGUCGAUAUUUUCGUCACUCGCGAGGAUUACUGCGAUCGUUUCAUUUCGACGAAGGAGCAAACUUUGGCUCUUCCGCGCGGGAACAAGGAGAAGCGUCUUUCGCGUUAACAGCUGCAGACGUCACGUCCCGAGAGAUCGAGUGUGCGAUUCAGGCCCGUAAGUAUCGCAAUCGAGAUUGAAAGUUCGAGACGCGCGCCGCCGGAGGGUCGCGCGUAUUUGGCAGAUUCCAAGUACCUCGCCCUCCCGACCGCCCGAGGGAUUAAAGGGUGUCGCGAAAGAAGUUUGUCCAAGUGUAGCUUACGAGCGACUGCCAGGUUGCGUAUGUUUCGCUCGUACCACCCUUUCCUCGGUAAACACCCACAUCGAGGAACCCCUCGUCGAUGACCUUCACUCUCACAUGCGUCAUCAGUUGCACAGCCCUGAGUGACGAGCAAAAAGUCCUCGGUCUUUGUUCAUUCAAAAGUUGUCGACAAAACAAGUUUAAGAAACGUCGCACAGCUGAUCUAACUUGAUCCUUGUCACCUAAACGGGACCAAUGUACGAGCAGGGUAGGUCGCCCUGUGAUUGACCCUUAAGGGCCCUACCCUGGGUGAAAUUUUACUUCAUGCGAAUUUCGUUUCGUUCUUGCAUUUGUUUGAUUUUUAUAUUUCCAAAAUAAAAAUAUAUAUACGAGGGUGAAAUUUCAUUCAUGAUAGAAUUAACGUGAUUUCCUCUGAUGGUAGUUCUUGAAGGUUGGAAAAGUUCAAGGGUUAGAAAAGUUUAAGUACCUGGAACGCUUGUUUUGGGAUUUGUAAGAAUGCAUUAAUCGCAGCAUACACGUGCGACGGGUGAAAAAGCACCCCUAACCUAAUCUAACCCAGCCCAACCCAACCUAUCCUGCUUACGCGACGCGGAUUAGGUUAGACCAACUGUGCGUUACUUCUCAAGCUCUUUUUAGCAACAAACCUUCGUAAUAAACCAGCAGACGGUUAUGACUUUUCGAUUACCACUCAGGAUUAUGUACUUGAUGACAUAUGCGAAGGUGAAGGUCAUCAACGAGGUGUCCCCAUAAUGCAAACAAUUACCCUCAUCUCUUCUUCCCCCGCGACCGUCCCCCCUUCUCCCGGUCGGUGUGCAUGCGCACGCACGCACACACACACACACACACACACACACACACACACACACACACACACACACACACACACACACAUCGAUACCUUGCCAAGAGUGACGCGAAUCACACAACACAACGGCGCGCUGCAAAAUCCAUUUACUCGCAGCCAGCCAUUUCUUCCUUUCAUUCUUACGUCGAUUGUAUACGCUGUCCUACUUCCACCCAUCCUCCUCUCCUCAUGGCCGUUCACUGCCGAUUUCGUCCUCGCGCCCGACAGUUCGAGGACUCGCACACAGACAGUCACACAUGUACACACGCUCAACCGCGCGGAUUCCGAAUCGCCCCAAUUUCGGGGAACGCCUCCGUCCACCGCGCGUUCAAGAUCUCUCCCUCCUUUCCUCCCUCUCUCUCUCUCUCUCUCUCUCUCUCUCUCUCUCUCUCUCUCUCUGUCUCUCUCCCAAUGUCGCAAUAUCCCGAAAUUUCGGGAACCACGAGACCGCCACUCUCUUCACACACGCCACUCGCGAGGCGCGAGACACGCGAGUCACCGCAGUCUCGGCCGCGAGUGGGUCUGCGGAUUCUGGCGGUGAGCAAGCACCAAGCGGGACCAUCCCCGUCGCGCGCGAGUUCAUCCCCCGAAGCCCGCCGGCGCGGGUAAGACAGGUAGAGACGGACGUCUGUCUGGAAGUCGCGUCGAGCCGGCCGAUUUCUCAAAGCGGGCGUCAUAAGUCGACGGUGUCGAGGUAUGUUACGACGGCGAUUUCUCGGAACGCUCGAUUUGAUAACGGGUUCUUUAUUGAUAUCGAAUUCGCGGAGGAGAACACGGUUGGUCGGAGGGAAGGAUUUUCUGCUGAAAUAUGAACGACGUGCGGGAACGCCAAUCCAAGUUAGCCGGAAUUCGGGAUUAAAUCGCCGAGAUUUCUGGUCAACUUGAGCAGAAUUUUCUGCUGUUUGCAAUUGGAAUCCCCGAAUCGUUCAUAUUUCAUCGGAGCAUUGCUUCGCCCGACCAAACAUUUUUCUCCCUCGCAUGACGUCUCGCCGAUGCCGCGGCGAUGUGUGAUCGAUAUCUCGAUGUCGACCUGGUGUUUAGGGAACAAGCGUUAACCCUUCAUACCCUUAAUUAAUUAAUUAAUUAGCCGAUUUAGAAAUUAGAAUUAAUUUAGCCAAGACCUUGCUGUGAAAUUUUUCGACAAUUAAAUAGCUUUCGGCAUAUUAUAAACGUAAAGAAUAAGAAAAAUGAAUUUUAUAACAAUGCAAUGAUUUCAAAGUGGUGCUUGCAAGUACCGUCGGGAUUUAAAGGGCUAAGUGAUUUAAUCGAUAUAUCGAUUCGACUCGAGCGCGAUGCCGAUCGGAUACCGACCGGAUCGUCAAUAAAAUCGACACCUAAAUACGACAGUUUUAAAAUAUCAGAUCGAACACAACGAUUAUAUUAUAUCGACCUGAUAUCGACUCGACGGAUGUAUCGAUUCUCGACCCGAGUGUGAUGUAAGCCGAACAUGGGAGAUUUAUAUCAGCUAACCGAUUUUGUGAAGCAACUGACUCGGUCUCGAUUCGUUUAAUCGGUAAAAGCGCCUUCCGAUCGGCCAUGAACCAUUUUCGCAGCCGCUUUGAUCGGUCAAAGAGAUUGUGGCACCAGAGUACUCCCUUAUCUCCCAGAUAUCGAUGGCGACGUCCUGCAGAUAUCAAAUCGACCGUUGAAGUCUCCAGCGACCUGUGAACCCGGCUUAAGCCGCGGGCUUCGAUGGAUCGAUCGGCGCAAAUCCGUCCGACACUCAUCCUCCCCCCGUUUCUCACGAUCCACGGGGAUGAUGCGAGAACUAGCGAAUCGCAAGGAUGGGAAAGUAACGAGUAACAAUAAUAAUGAUAAUAAUAAUAACAACAACAACAACAAUAAUAAUAAUAAUAGUAGUUUGUAAUGAUCGCGUCGAGGGACCGAGCACGCGCGGCUCGUUCUCAGCUUCCUAACGUUCGACAGAGAUCGCGGCGAUCUCCCUGGGCGGGAGACCACGCGGGGUGGCUUCCAGCCGCCCCCUUCUUCCCUCCUCCCUCCCCCUCCCCCCUCGUCGGCGGUACAACUGCGAUAAUAGUCUUACUUAGGUAACGAAACACACGGUGCUGGGUUAUACGCUUCAAACGUUAGCUAGAAUCGCCCUCCUCCCCCCUCCCCCGUGCCCAGGAAUCCUCAGACCCCCUCCGACCUCCCUGCCCGUCCACGCAGGCCCGUUUUCCCGAAUUUACGAUGUAUCGUGUCGUCGGAGAUCGUACGGCCGCCGUGUCUCGGUGUCGACCGACACGGCGCGCAUUGUUGUCUUCGCGCGCGCGUAGAUAGUUGUAUCCGUGUAAUUACGCGCCCUUACCGCUACAAUGUAUAUUCCUAUGUGUACCACGUGCGCGGAUGAUCCACGUGCAGUCAUCAGGAGCUCACGGAGUCGCCCUCCUUUGGGCGAGCCGCGGAGACGGAAGGCCUGUCCUUGAAAACGGUUUCGGAAACUUUGGUUUUAGGUUUUAGGUUGGUAGGCCUUUAACUCUUACGAGGAGACACAGGGAACGCGAAAAUUCGAAGAAUUCUUUAUGUGGAAAUAAAGUAGUUCGUUCGUAAUGCGAAACUAUUUUUUGUUCGUGCGGAAUUCCAGGCCGAGGCGGUGAGAUCACCCUUCGAGGAAAGAACCAUUUCCAUUUUUAGCGUAUAUCUUUUAAAAUACGAGGCGUAUGCAAAAAUGGUUUAUAUGAAAGUCGCAGUGUAUUUCAUACUCUUUGCAACUGUGUAUUCAGGUUCUGCAAAAUUGAAACAUUUUUGAAACCCCUUCCGCGCUCCUUCAAUUUUGCAAAAAAUAGUUUUACAUUACGGAUGAACUACGUACUUUACUACUUCCGCGCAAAGUUCCAGAAUUUUUUUAACUUCCGCGUUUCCUAACCUUCCUUGUUAAAUGUGUUCCGCAAUUGAUCAGCCGAUCACGCUUAAACGUCACAGCUGUAUAUUGUUUCGUUUACAAGCUUGAUUUUGACUAUUCAUUUUGCAAUAUUAGAUAGAGAGAUGGAUAGAUUUUUUAUUAGUCACUAUCUUGAUGAUUGAUCAACUGAUGAAUUGUGAGAUUAAUAUCGAAGUUAGUUUAGGGCCUACCAACUUUAUAACUAAAAGCAAAACCGAUUUCGAGACAGGGCCGAGCCUCAGGGCGCUCGCGGGGCGCGCUUUCGUCGACGUGCGAGUCCUCAAAGCGGCGGCGACGCCGGAGACUUCCGGAACGCUCGAAAUUUGCGAAACGCCCGCCGUCUUUGGGUUUUUGACUUCUCACCGCGGUCGAAUCUUGAUUUGUGAUGUCGGAAGCGAGCGAAUGGGCAUUCCUGCAAAAUACGUCGAGAUCGAGAAAUGUGGUUGAAAAAUAGCACUCACAUCAACCGAGCACACCGAUCAAGUACUCUGAAUACUUUCCUUUUGCCGUAACGACCGGGACUGGCAUGUUUCGAACUCUUUGUUUAAAACAAAAGUCUUAAACGUGUUUUAAACAUUCGAUAAUAAUUAGACAUACGUUUUUUAUAAGAUGUUUGUGGGUUUUUUUAAGGUGUUUGGUAGAAAUUUUGGACGUAAAAUUAUUGGUGAUCUUUUCGCAAAACGUCCAUUUUAUACAAGUGUAUACAUUAUUGCACGAUUAUUUAAAAAAAUAAUGAUUACAUAUACAUGUAUAUAUAUAUAUAUAUAUAUUAUAUCUAUUUACUUAAUAAUUCACAUCUUGUAUAUAUAUUUCAUAGUUUGUUUAAAUGAAAUGAUUUGAAGAAAAAGUUUUCUUAUUGAACCAUUGACUACAGUCCAAACCGCAUCAAAUUGUACUAAAACUCAAAUGCACAUUUGAAAAACAUGCUUAACCCUUAAAAGCUACACCAUUAAAUAUCACCCUAAGUUAACUUUUCUUGUUAUUGUUUUUAACAAAGUAUAUACAAAAAUUGAUCCGUUUUAUAAUAAUAUUGUCGCUACUGAUAGCGUAAAUAAAUACCUGUAAAAUUAGCAUUGUCAGCGUGACGUUUUUCAAUAAAAUUAAAAAUUUACAUGGGGUGAAGUUUCACCUACGGCAGCCUCCAAGGGUUAAAGCAUAUUUAAAACGUAUCCGAAAAACGGAAAACAGAAAAGAAAUAUAAUGUUUUGUUCUUUUUUUUUUAUUUUUAGUGUGUUUUUUACCAAUCCUGAUAACGACCAACGAAUAAGCGUGAAAUUCGCGCAACGGAAUCACGAGGAGGGGUAGGUCGAGAGGGUGAGCCGCGUGUCACGUUGACUCGACGCUAACCUUUUGACUGUCAGAGCGGGAGGAGAGUGUUCGGAGUAUUUCGCAAGGGUGCUCGAUUGAUCGCGAGUGUCAUUCUCCGGAGGUGUUUCCUUGUUAAAUCGUACUUUUUGCGGGACUGUCGCGAGCGCGCAUUCUGCCGCUCCUUGACGUCACAAGCCGCGAGAUGGCCGCGGCCGGGAGCCUUGACACUGCAAAUCCGAGCGUGUUAUUCAACACGUGGAAACGCAAACACGUUUGGUAAAACGCCGUUUAAUAAAAACGACGUGAGACUCGAGACGAGCAGGAACGCGCAGGGAAACUGCUUCAGCCGGUCGCACGCUGGAUGCGUGUAAAAUUAGCGGCCGCGCAACCGCAGCGUGAAGCUGGCGCCCCCGGGCGGCGAGAAAAAUGAAUGCCGGCUUGUAAUUUGUCGUAAAAGAAAAAAAAAAACUACUCACACACACUCAUGUAACGACGCAUUUUAUACACUUAGCGGACGUUGAAUAAAACCGAAGGAAAUAAA